AUGGUGAUUUCAAAUCCCGGCAACUGUCUCUCAACAGGACGAGAUACCUCAUAUCUGGCAGCUUACAAUGGCUGGCACUACUACAAGGUACCUGUAACCGGAGAGAUGACAUCGGCCAACGUGAAGGCCACGUGUGAGGCCGCGGGGUACGUGACGCCGUGUUCCGGGGACAGCGCUUGUCAGUAUUCCUCCUCGUCGUGCUUCCAAACAGGCUUGACGGACUGUGACAACCCCAUGAUAGAAGUAUCCCAGCAGCUGUGUGGUGCUAAGCCACGCAGCUGUCCACAGUUGUACGGCGUGUACCAGUUCAUGAACAACUGGAUUAAUGGUGCCUCCUGUGGUGCAGAGUCGGGAGGCUGGUGCACCAAUGGCAAUGAACAGCAAGACAAGUACGCCUUCUGUGCCAUAGAUUGUGCAGCAUACCUUGCGGCAGGACAGAACACCAGUGGAGUCUACACCCUCAAUGUGUCAUCCACCAGUGUGGAGGCGUCCUGUGACAUGGAUAACGACGGUAAUGUUGAAGAGUACAAACUGGGCUUUGGGAAUAAGAGCGGGGAGUACUGGCUGGGGAACGACAACAUCCACCUCCUGACCAUGAGGAAAAACUACAAAUUAAGAAUCACCCUCAAGGACUGGAGUGCCGACACGAGGUUCGCAGAGUAUAGCACCUUCAGGGUGUCCGGUGAGGCGGACGGGUACCGGCUGCACAUUUCUGGCUAUUCUGGUAACGCGGGAGACUCCAUGACUGGCUGGCACUCCCUCAACGGGCAGAGUUUCUCCACUGUGGACAGGGACAAUGAUGACCACGGCAGCUACCAUUGUUCUCAGCGGUACGGACAAGGCGGCUGGUGGUUUAGGAACUGCGGCUACUCAUUCCUCAACGGCCGCUACCUGGGCAACUGUGGCAGCUCCUGUCCAGUCGUGCAAGGUGUGGUGUGGUACCACUGGAGAGGCGCUGGUUACUCCCUGAAGUCUGUGUCUAUGAAAAUCAGGCCAUAA